AUGACUCGCCAUGCGAAGAGCGCUCUCCCCCUCAAGCGGGGGUUUCCGCGAUGGACCGCCUUCUUCGCCGUGGUCUGGGUCAGCUCGGCGUUCGCUCAGGUGGAACUCAUGACGCCUCUCUUGAACUCGAAAGAAACACACUAUCCUGUGGAAGAGCAGGUUUCCCAGUCGGGGGUCCGGUUCCGACUUGGAGAUUGUCGAUAUCUCGCACGGCCUGUGGGUAAAGCCCUUGGCGCCGACUUUUCUAAUAUAACCUCACUCGCUACUGUGGUUUCGAUUGGAGCAGAGACCGACAUCGAUGCCGAUUUUGUCAAGAAGAAUGUUGAAGACUUCACGGCAAAAGACGACGUUUUCCGAGAGGAGUUCCUUGAAGGCAUCAUCAUCCACGGACUCAACGACAGCUCUGUCACUAUCAAGGUUGAAAAAUCGGAGCUCCACGAAUGGAACACAGAAUGGAUCAAGGGGCAAUUUCCCGGUGACCAGGAGGGGAUUCUCCGCCCGGGCCCGUAUCUGAUAAUGUCAGGCGUACCCUACGAAGUCUUCCGCAUCAUGGACGAUGAGAACAAAGCAUUUAUCCAGUCGACUCUCACCUCCAAAGACUCCAAAACGACUUUCUAUCCGGCCGAUGACACUUCCGACGAUGAUUGUGCGCCCGGUAUCCUGGUUCCGUCACGGCUCUGCGCAGAUCCGUCAAUAUGCUAUCCACUGGACGGCAUCAGAGUUGCGGUAAAGGACGUCUUCCACCUGGAUGGAAUAUCCACCUCGCUCAACAGUCGGCCCUAUCGGCAAGCUCACUCGGUGCAGAACUAUACUGCAUCGGCGAUCAGCAACCUCGUUGCGAAAGGAGCUCACAUCGUGGGAAAAACUCGCAUGAGUGCAUUCAUUCUACAAGAGCACCCGACCCAGAAUGUGAACUCCGUCUCUCCUCUCAAUCCACGAGCAGACGGGCACCAGAUCCCAGGAGGAAGCAGCAGCGGCAGUGCUGCAUCAGUGGCCGCCUAUGAUUGGCUCGAUAUAGCAUUAGGCACCGACGCAACCGGCAGCAUGCGGAUCCCGGCACUGGCCAACGGCAUCUUCGGCUUCCGAAUGACAACUGGCAUAUUGCCUGUCGACGGCAUCGUGCGGCUCUGGGACCGCUUCGAUGCUCUUGGAGCGUUUUCCAGAGACUUGACUAAGCUUCACUGCUUCGUGAAGGGCUGGAUCACCGGCCAGCCAGCAAAGAAACAACAUCCCCAGGUCAUUUACUUCGACGACUUUGUGCCUGUUGUUGGCGAAGUGCAGUCGAGAAUGCUUGAGGAAUUCGCAGCUGACUUCGCCCGACACGGCGGGACCGAGGUCAGGCGGGUUUCUAUUGCAGAUCACUGGGCAUCAAACCCUGCCGAGAAUGAGGCGGAUCUCGGAGUGUACUUGUUCAAUGCAACAGCUCAUGGCUUCUAUUACGCCGCGUUCCACGCAUUCGACGAAUUCAGAGCAGCCUAUCGGGAAAAGUACCACAAAGAGCCUUUCAUAUCCGAGUGCGUCCGUUGGAUAUGGACACAAGGCUCAAAGGUAACCCUCGAAGAGCACCAAGAAAUAGAAAGGCGGCUCGACGUAUUCAGAGACUGGUUCACAAAGAAAUUCUUUUCAGCACCUGGCGCAAACACCAUUGUGGUCCUCCCCAUCGCUGAAGCCAAGCCAAACUAUAGAGACGAAUACCAAGCGCUGCCAACGGCUCCAACUCCGGGCUUGCGCAACACAGACUUAAGCGCGAUUCUCGGAGCACCCGAGCUGGCGGUACCCAUUGCGGAAAUCCCGUACCAGUCAAGGAUCUCAGGGGAUGUGGAGAUGCUUCCGGUUGUGGCGUCUUUAAUGGGCAAGCCGCAUAUGGACGUGGCACUGAUUGCCACGGUGCUGGAUUUCUUCAAUGCUUCCGGCCGUGCUACAAAAGUAAACACCGGCAAGCGCAUGUUUUGA